UCUAUCAAUCAAUCAAUCAAUCAAUCAAUCUAUCCUUCCUUCUAUCUGUCCAUCUAUCUUUCUGUUGUUCCGACAGCACUUGAAUGCACCAUUAGCCUCCUCUGUUUACUAUAGCAUCUGAGCCGCUGCUAGCUGUUAGCUGUUAGCUUUUAGCUGUUAGCUUUACCAAACAGAAGAUAUUUCACCCUCGCCGCUAGAAGAGCGAACAUGAACGGGAGGAGUGAAGAAGCAUCACUUUGUACGAGCUGAUCCAAGCGUCUGAAACAUUUAGUUUUCAAAUGACAGAGUUAGCUCGAUGGACAAGUUCCUGGUGAAGCUUCCCAGAGGAGGACCAGCUGCUAAAUCUAAAAGCGACGAGAAGGUUUACAAACAAACCACCAUUGAGUCUUUGAGGAGGGUUGUUGUGAUUGAGGACAUCAUGAGAUACAAAGCCAUGUUGGAGCUUCCUGAGCAGAGCAAAGACAACCUGCUGACGGCCCUGACCGAGCUGGGCAAGAAGAUCCCGUCCGCUCAGGUGCUCCGGUCCACGAAAAUAGGUCACACUGUGAACAAAAUGCGAAAGCAUCUGGACCCUGAGGUGAGUUCAAUGGCAGCAAAGGUCUACACCGACUGGAGGACGUUCGUCGAGGAGAAUUCCAAUAAGCCGUCUAUUGAGGUGCGCUCCGACAAACAGUCCGAAGGACUCAGGAGCAACGCCAGAAGACUAAUGUCUGAGGCCCUGGAGGUCAAGGAGGAUUCGGGUCUUAUAGACGUCAUUGAGAGAGAAGUGUUUCACCGAUGCUCCCGGUUAGUCAGCGGUUCAUACAGACGGACUGUUCGAGCGCUGGUGUUUGCCUUCAAGCACAACCCUGAGACCCGAGCUCAAGUGAAGGACAAGACAUUAUCAGUUAACCAGGUGGUUUCUAAAUACAAGAAAUAGCUGAAGAAGAACAAGGCUUUGCCUCUGACUGCAUGUCAAAGACUUCUGGUUUUCUGAUGCACACACAAAUAGUUUUUUUAAUUAAUUUUUCUUUAUUUUCUGCAAAGGAAAUACAAAAUAUUUUUACAUUUUGUGGCACAAACUCUUGCACUGUUGUUUAACUGUGCAUGAUUCAUUAUCAAGAAAAUACAUUUUAUUGUUAUUGGGGAUGAUAAUGUUGAAUCUAUUGUGAUCAUGUAUGAUUGUUUCUGUUGAUAGAUGCUUUGUUUUUAUACUGUUUUUGAACCCUUUUAAUAUAAAAUGUGAUUUUAAAUAUAACAGCUUCA